AGCGCGUUUAUCAAAACUACUUCCUAGUUUGGUUUAUUUACCCUCAAUAAUGGCUGCUGAAGGCGAUUUUUUGGCAAGAUACCGAGCUGUAUCGAAUAAACUGAAAAAACGUUUUCUUCGUAAACCCAAUGUUGCUGAAGCAAGUGAGCAGUUUGGUCAGUUGGCUAAGGAGCUGAAGCAGCAGGACUGCUUACAGUAUGCUGCCUUUUGCAACCUGGCCAUGGCUCGGUGUGAGCAGACUCUGUUUAAUGCACCCGGAGAGGCUCUAGCGCUAACAGAUGCCGCCCGCCUCUUCCUCACUUCAGAGAAGGAGAACAGGGCUCUGCAGGCACCAGGUUUUGAUGAACACCUCCAGGCUGCACUCAAUUGCUACAGCUUUGCUAUUAAGGUGUACAUAGAAAUGAACCAGCCUGUGAUGGCUGCCAGUCUGUGUCUCGAACUGGGAAAUGCAUUGAAGGAAAUGAACAGACCGGGGGAGGCUGUUGUUCACUACCAGAGGGCGGCAGAGUUGCAGUCUCAAACGCCCAUUGAGGCCCUGUUGUCAAUGGGAGAAAUGGCCACUUGUAAAAUACUCACACGCGACUAUGACGGUGCAUUAUCAGUGUUCACAGAAAUGCAGCUCAUCUGUCAAGAGAGAGGACUCCAGCUUCCAGGCAGCAGCACUCCUGUUGGGGCUUUUCUGGACAUUGUGGCCAAAUGUGAGAUUUCAAGGGUUUUACUGCUUAUGUUGCUUGAGCCUCCGCCUCAGAAACUGCUCCCUGAACACGCACAAACCCUGGAGCGAUAUGCAUGGGAGUCCUUCGACCCACACAGCCAAGUGACCUUCCUGCCUGAAAAUGUUUUCCUGCUCCUCCAAUCAGUGGUGAUGGCUUGUCAGGAAAAAGACACAGAGUCUCUUAAGUCUCUUCAAACAGACCUCUGGCCAUUUUUAACAGCUGAGCAGAAUCACCUCCUCCAUCUAGUGGUACAAGAGCGCAUUGCACCGUCUGGACAAGGCAUUUAGGCUCCUCUGAUUUUACCGACUUCCUCUGGGAACCAUUCUUUAUAUAAUGGAACAUUCCUGUUUCUGGCUGGGUCUGUUGUAAGGCCUGAUGUUUUUGUCGUCUUAUUGUUGAAGAAGGAGAAAUGGCGUACUUUGAGUAGUUGAGGACAAACUUAAAAAUAUUUGAUUUAACAGAAGCUUAAUUGCACAAAUAGCCAAGCAUUUUGUAAAAAGUAUUUAUUUAUUUGCAUUUGUUAAUUAGAACAAAUAAGAGCUUUGUUCAUGGCAUGUUUUGUUCAUAACUGAUAUGGCUUAAACUCCAUUGUAACACACAAAACUGUCUAUAGCUGUAAAUUGGCACACCACCUCCCUGGUUUACUGUUAGUUCACUGUAUGUACUAUUGCUCAUAUAUUUUGUAUAGCAGCCAAUACAGACAUAAAAAGACAUGGUUAAAUCACUCAGUACAAAAACAAAUACUAUGGUUACAUUGUACAUAGACAAGUGAAUACACUAUACUUCAGUAAAAUAAGGAAUAAGAAUAAAACAAAAAAUAAAACUUACUACAUACUAAAAGUAACGGCUUUUCUCCUGGUUGUUCAAGUACUGCAUGAAUGUAGUUGUGCCAACACACUGCUCACUGUUUACUGGAAGCACAAGGGGCACCUUUGGGGCCCACUACAUGAUUACAGUCAACAUCACAUAUUUAAUGUGUUUUGAUGACUUCAUGCUAUCUCUUAGGCCUAUAUUCAGCCACAAAUGCUUUUUUUUUUCAAUCACAGCAGUUUUCUUAUUUUCUCCUAUUUAAAAACACAUCAUGUUGGCCCUUCAUGUUAGGUUGCAGCUCAAUUUGCUUCUAAAUAACUGUUACUUUAUAGCUGCAAAUGGCAAUUCAUAUACUUGACAACAUUACAUUACCAUACUUUUUGAAUAAAAAACAAAAUUAGAAUUUUCCCAAAGUAUACAAUUUGAGCAACUCCUUUUAUUCACUCACUCUUUUUCCUUAAGACGAAGUAGGUGAUUGCUAAAAGAAUGGUGAAAACAAAGGAGAUCCAGGCCAGCACGUAGGAGUGGCCGUAGCUUCCCUCUGUCUCGGUGGUGUGAAACUCAGCCGUGUAGAUCGAGGCUGCUAUCAUUAUGCAAAGGCCUGAGGAGACAAGAGAAUACUGUUACACACACCCAGGCAUCUAAGGAGUCAUUAUUGUUUUAACUCAAGGCUAUGGCUCACCACACAACGGAAUAUAGAGCAGAGACGCUUGGGCUAUUAUUAUGACAAAUGACAGCUUCAUCGCACUCAUUUUCAACUGAUAUCCACUUAUGACAAUGAGGCUCUCUGUAACUGCACAUGUGCGAUCUAAGCACCAUACAUAAUCUUUUUACUCUGCACCAUGGCAACUUACUUCCAUCACAAUGCAUGUCUUAAAUGCUUUACAUAAUGUCCAGUAUCCUUAGCAACCAUUUAAUAGUUUUAAAGUUUAUAUUAUGUUUAUAACUGAUGAGUAUGUUUGUUGGCAUCUAAAAGACGAGUGGAUUCGAUCAUAUCUCACUCCCUUGUUAAAGUGGUUCUAUAAAGACAAGUAAAACUACAUUUCAUUGCCCCAGAUUACUUACAGGAGAUUGCCUGCAGAAUACCAGUGAAGGUGAACCUCUGGCCUUUGGGAAGAGUGAAAAGCUGAGCAACAAACACAAACAAAGCCAGAAUGGCGAAGAUGCAGGCAAGCACCGAAGUGGCCUGGAUGGUCUGAAGAUACUCUGAAAAAGUAAAUUUAACAUAACAUAAGCUCUUUACAAAUCAGAAGCUAAACCAGUCGUGAUUACAUCUGACAUACUUCUGCACCAGGUGCCAAAACAAAAAGGAAACCUCUCAUCGAGUAACAACAUUGAAAUAGUUAGAAUAACUUACCUUCUGGGUAGUUCUUCAGGUUGGUGUAAUGCCAGUCAGAGUUUGUCAUCUCCCACUGGCCCCAAAGGUCAGUGGUGACCUUAUCAGUGACCCACCAGGCCUGCACACAAGGACAUAUUGCAGACUUAAUAGAGCUGCUGUACAUGGGACGUGAACAUACUAGACACAUUUACAGUACUUUUACUAUGCCAUAAAUAAACUAUUACUGUGUACAGCUGAAA